ACCUUUCCCUGAAGAACUCAGGGAGCCGCACGGUCUGGAAGUGGGGUUGGAAGAACCCGGCCGUGUAUUAGGGUACCCGAAAACUUCCUUAAGACUCAGGUGCCUCUGGGAGCAUUUUGGAAGCGUCAGCAGCCCGGCAGCGGGAACCUCCCAGGUCCCCACUGCUCAGCCAGAUCUGCUCACCAGUGAAUCAACUAAGAACCCUGGAUGGUGAAGAGAGAGGAGACUAUAGUAAAGAAUCCAGGUACCCACCAGCCAUUUGGCUAUGACUCCAGUCCCUGCAAGAGAAGCUUCCAGUAAUAACUCAGAGUAAUAGUGUUUCGCGCCACAUAUGCGUGUUCUAUAUUAUCCUGGUGGCAGCUGAGGUUAGAAAAAAAAAAAAAACCCUCAAGUUGUAGUCAAGUUUUCUGUUAUCAUUUUGGUUCUUGCAUCUAUGCUUGGCAUUGUUUGUAGAAGAGUUACAUUAAUUUUAGCUUUGUAGUUUUGGCACCUUGAUAAGAAAUUUUAAGAAUUCCUAUGUUUGUUCCUGAGACAGAAACUUGGAAAAGAGCAAUAAGAAGAAUGACAGCUUCUUUGGUAAAUGCUCCCCAGGAACUGUUAACAUUCAAGGAAGUGGCUGUUGACUUCUCACAGGAGGAAUGGGAAUGUCUUGACUGUGCUCAGAGGGCAUUGUACAUGGAUGUGAUGCUAGAGAAUUACAACAAUCUACUCUUUGUGGAGAAUAAUCAUCAUGUGUGUGUCAAACAUGAUGAAGUCUUGGGCCAAGGCUCAAAGUAUAGUGCCCCUGAGCAUGUGAAUAUUCAAGAGAAGUCUAAUAAAUGGAAGGAAUGUGGCAAAAUGAUUCAUGAAUCCUCCAAAAGUACACCUUAUCAAACCAACAACAGAGAUGCCUCCAUUGAAUCAUCAAACAGACACAAAACUGAGAAUGCCAGGGAACCAUGCAAGUAUAAGGACUGUGUGAAUGGCUUAAAUUUGUAUCCCAUCACUUGUCACAAUCAAACAGUGUACCUAGAAAUAAAAGAACAUACCAAAACACUGUAUGAUGAAGCUUUUCUCUCUAAAUAUAAACUCAUGCUAAAAGGAAACAAUAGUGGAAUGAAAUCACACAAGUGCAGGAAGUCUGGAAAAUUCUUCACGAUGACCUCAAGCCUGAGUGGGCAUCCGAGAGAUCAUGCUAGAGAGAAGCCCUAUCAAUGUACAAAGUGUAGUAAAUCCUUUCUGCAUUUGUCACACCUCCAACUGCAUUACAAAAUCCAUUUUGGAGGAUAUCCCUACAAAUGUACAGAAUGCGGUAAGUGCUUUUAUCAUGCAUCAGGCUUUGAAAGACAUUGCAGAAUCCAUGCUACAAAGAAUACUUACAAAUGUAGUUUUUGUAGCAAAUCCUUUAUCUGCUGCUCAGGUCUUAGAAAACAUCAGAAAAUUCAUGAAGAAAACAGGCUUUUUGAAUGUAACCAAGAUACUAGAUCAUUCUGUACAUUUUCCUACCGUGAAUGCCAUUACCGUGCUGAUAUAAGAAAGAAAUGUUACAGAUGUAAAGAAUGUGGCAAAUCCCUUUCUACAUCCUCAGGACUUAAAAUACAUCAGAGAAUUCAUACUGGAGAGAGACCUUACAAAUGUGGUGACUGUGACAAAUCUUUUACCCAGAAGAGCAAUCUUAGAAUGCAUCAGAAAAUUCAUACAGGAGAGAAUACUUACAAAUGCAGUGAAUGUGACAAAUGCUUUACCCAGAGAUGCCUUCUUAGAACUCAUCAGAGAAUUCAUUCAGGAGAAAAACCUUACAAAUGUAGUGAAUGUGGCAAGGCCUUUGCUGGUGGCUCAUAUCUUAGAAGUCAUCAGAGAAUUCAUUCAGAAAAGAAGCCUUACAAAUGCAGUGACUGUGACAAAUCCUUCCACCGGAAAGACCACCUUAGAAUUCAUCAGAGAAUUCAUACAGGAGAGAAACCUUAUAAAUGUAGUGAAUGUGACAAAUGCUUUACCCAGAAAGGCAGUGUUAGAAUUCAUCAGAGAAUUCAUACAGGAGAGAAACCUUACAAAUGUAGUAAAUGUGAUAAAUCUUUUACCAAGAAAGACUGUCUUAAAAUUCAUCAGAUAAUUCAUACAGGCGAAGAACCUUACAAAUGUAGUGAAUGUGACACAUCCUUUAACCGGAAAGACCAUCUUAGAACUCAUCAGAGAUUUCACACAGGAGAGAGAAUUUACAAAUGUAGUGAAUGUGAUGAAUCCUUUACCCAGAAAAUUAAUCUAAGAAUUCAUCAGAAAAUUCAUACAGGAGACAACUCUUACAAAUGUAGUGGAUGUGACAAAUCCUUUAACCGGAGAAACCAUCUUAGAACUCAUGAGAGAAUUCAUGCCGGAGAAAAGCCUUACAAUUGUAGGGAAUUUGAAAAUUCCUUUAUCCAGACUGGCUCUCUUAGAAUUCAUCAGAGACUUCAUUCAAGAAAGAAACUUUACAAAUGCAGGGAAUGUGACAAAUCCUUUACUAGCAGCUCAUAUGUCAGAAUACAUCAGAGAAUUCAUUCAGGAGAGAAACCUUACAAAUGUAGUGAGUGUGGCAAAUGCUUCACUAGUGGCUCAUAUCUUAGAAUGCACCAAAGAAUUCAUACAGGAGACAAACCUUACAAAUGUAGUGACUGUGAUAAAUGCUUUACUCAGAAAUGCAGUCUUAGAAUUCACCAGAGAAGUCAUACAGGAGAGAAACCUUACAAAUGUGGUAAUUGCGACAGAUCUUUUACAAGUGGCUCAUAUCUUAGAAUUCAUCAGAGAAUUCAUAGAGGUGAGAAACCUCAUAAAUGUAGUGAAUGUGACAAAUCCUUUACCCAGAAAGGCUAUCUUAGAAUUCAUCAGAGAAUUCAUAAAGGAGAAAAAUCUCACAAAGGUAGUUAGUGUGAAAAAUCCUUUACCCAGAAACCCUAACUUGUGGAACUUUUCAAAGAAUUCAUAUAGGAAAAAAAACUUAAAUAUAGGGAAUAUAGCAAAUCCCUUCACAGGAAAACUGUCUUAGAACUUAUCAGAAAUUUCAUACAGUAAAUAAAACAUACAAAUGUAUAGAAUCUGAUAAAUCUUUUACCCAGAAAGGCUGUCUUAGAAUUCAUGAGACUUCAUUCAAGAAAGAAGCUUUAUAAAUGUGACAAAUCUUUUACCAGGACAAACUAUCUUAGAACUUGACAGAGAUAACAGGAGAGAAACUUUACAAAUUUGGUGAAUAUACAAAUCCUUAACUAUUGGCACACCUCUUAGAAUAUCCCUCAUGACACAUAAGUUUCCACACUAGAGAAUAAUUAUGAUCAAAAGAAACUUGUGAAAACCUUGAGUAAUGUUCAAAUCUUAGAAAAUACCAAGAGUUUAUGCUGAGGGAAAAUCUGAAAAUGUGACAAUGUAGGAAAUUUUUUCUUCAACCUUUUUACUUGUUAAACUUAAUACUUUGUUUGACUUUUAGUCAGUCUUUCAGCUUUGCUCAAACUUUAUUAAACUUGUUCAUCCUCAAAUAAUUCAUAAUGAGGACAAAAUGGAGAAGCCAGAAGAAUGUGAUAUUGUGUAACAGUUUUCUGCAGACUGAAAUGACCCAUUCUGAAGGGAUUGUGAUUAAGACAGCAAAUACAUACCUCAAAAUAGCUUCAAGAAAUCCCUGAAAGUGACAGCAUUGUCUGCUUAAGUCAAAUGAUGAAACCCAGAAAAGAAUAUACCUCUUAAAAGAGGAUUUUACAAAGUGUCAACAAAAUAGGAUGCAUUACUAAAUGAAUUAUUACACAUUAAUUUUUCCAUCUGAGAGGUAUAAAUGGUAGAAUGUAAAUACUGUUUUCAGAAAUGUAUAAUUAUAUGCUAAACUGUUAAUGUUAACCCUUAUGGUGUAAAAUAACUGCACUAUGUAUGCUGUGAGAAUAUCAGGCUAUACUACAUUUAUAGAUGGAAAAUUCAGUGUACAUUAGGACAAAAUUCAAAACCAUCUUUUAAAUAAUUAUGAUUCAUCAAUUAUGUUAGAAAAAUUUACUCUAAUUUUCUUAUGUCUCCUGCGUUCAUCAAAAGCACUAUUCACAUUGAUGAAUUGUUAGAUUACCUUGGUCUUGUUUCUUUUUGCUGGGUAUAUAUUUCAGUGUGCUACCCUGUCUGUGUCAGAACACCCAAUGUAGACCAAGCCUGGACUCUGCCUCCUGGAUGCUAGAAUUAAAGCACUGUACAGAAUUUGAUGAUAGUUCUUAUCAUUAUGCACUUCAUUCAGGAGGAAUUGUAAUGUCCAGGCCCUAAUUACUGUGCUUUGUACAUAGAUUUGAUAUUGAAGAAUUGCAGUAGUCAUGUUUGUGUGAAUGCAAAUAGCAUGCUGCACUCUGUAUCGAGCCUUGGGGUUCUAGUGAAAACAUCAAAUGUGUGAUUUCUCUGGGAAUGAUUCAUACAUCUCACAGAAAAAAAAGGAAGAACUUCAGAGUAGAAAUAAACAUUGCAUGGUAUUUUCAAUUCUUCACAUUGGUCCUUUGGGCAGUUGUAAGGCUUCUUUUAUUUCUGUUUUGUGAUAAAUUAAGAAACUCAGGAGUGUAAAAUAGUCAUCCCAAUUAUUCUGCUCCAUGCUAGUGAUGGAGUUUCAAUCGAUCUUUGAGUAGGAGUGGUGGAGAUCAAGUUAUGCUACCUAAAACCUUUCUCUAAGGAGUUAUUACUGUGACAUUACAUGAUAGUUGAGUCUUGUAGAAUAUCUUCUAUGUAGUCUUCCCUUUAUUUUCAGAGCAUAGCACUGUGUUAGAAAUCCUAGAUGUUUUGAAAAAGUCACUUUCCCAUAGCUUGGGCUGAAUGAAACAGACCAGAGACCUGGAAUGUAUACUGAACUUAAAAUGAAUAAAUGAUACCAGAUAUUCUGCAGGAAAUUGAGGUAGGAGUAAUGGAAGAUUCAAAUGACAUUGGAAAUAGAAUGAAGAAAGAAGUUGGCUCAGCAGCAGGUAACACUUGAUUUUCUUGAAGAGGACAUGAGUACAUUUCCCACCACCAGCACAGUGGCUGACAAAAUUCAUAAUUUUAAUUACAGUAGAUCAGGUGCUUUCUGGCCUCAGCACCUACCAGCCACAAGCAAGCUACAUGCAUACAUGUUGUAAAACAUUGAUACAUAGAAGCUAAAGUAAAUAAUCUAAUGAACAUUUUAAAGACAAACGUGUAAAUGGGAAAUGAAAUAUUGAUUUUCUAUAUUCUGUUUCUCUAGAAAUUAAUCUAGAAUAUACUGUAAUGUCAAGAUUAUCCUAUUGUGUAUGUUACUGACAUUUUAUGUAAGCAUAAUAGGGAAAAAUAUAAUUUGUUUGACUGUGUACGUGUCCCAGGUGUGCACAUAUAUCUAUUAUAUGAAUGUCAUUGCUUUCAUUUUAGGAUACUUGUAAAACUAGAAAUAUUUCUGCCUCUUAACUUUUCCCCCUAAUCUAAUGUUAAUUGUUUCUGUUGUUCCUUUAAUGUCUUUCUUUUGUGGUCAGUUUUGGGUUUUUGUUGUUGUUGUUGUUGUUGUUGUUGUUGUUGUUAUUUGUUUUUUGUUUUUCCAUUUCCUAAUAUAAUACCAGCAGGACUUUGGUUAAAAUUGCUUAGUAUGUUUACACAGUAUUAUACUUUGUCUAUAUUGUCUUCUUCUUGACAUCUCUUGUUUUCUCUCUUCACACCAUUACUCUAUGAUAUCCUUUGCAAUAAUUAUAAGAGAUUUUGGAUCUUGGUUCAACCUUCUGAAUAGUUUUUUAAUUCUUUCAGCUUUCUUGAAUGUUGAUAUCUUUUUAAUAUUGAUUUGUUCACUUUGCAGUAAUUGUCCAUUCCUCUUGAAACAAUUUGAUUGCAAACUUUAGGAAAGUGAAAAUUCUUGCUGAUGGUGUUCCCAUAUGAUGAGAAUUGGAUAGGGGUUCCUUAGUGUUGACAUGUUGUACAUUUAUUUUUCUUGUUGUGUUGCUAUUUAUGUGCAUGUCAUCAGUGCGUAACGACUCAUUGCAAGAAUCUACUACAAUUAGUCAUAUCAUAAAAAAAGCAUAUGUGUGAUAAAGUUAAUUUUAUGUGAACUUUUGCCUGUUUGAUGAUUGAAGUUACACACUGACUUAUAUGUUGACUGCAGUAAGUUGGUAGAGUGUGUCUCCGUUCUUUCAUUUACAUUUUCUGCAGAAUUGAUUAUUUUUUUAGUAUAGUUAGUAUGCCCAGUGACAAGGCAGAGAGGGAUUUUGAGUUACACUCUCUUGUGUGGCCAAAAGCUAUUGACUUGUGGCAAUUAACUCCUAUUUUAGCAGCAAGGAAUUUAGUAAAGAAGUCAGUUACUUGGGUUCUUUGUUCUUUGACUUGUGGACCCCUCUCUACUCACUUGAGAGGCGCAGACUUUAACUCUUUGUGAGCCAGAAAAAAAAGGAAGAAAGUCACACAUACAAGAAACACAUUCACUCUAUAUGGAGCAGAAAAAGAGGCUCUCAAAAACCUUUGUUGCUGAGAUAAAGAAAAGCUCCAACCUCUCCUUUUAUUUCUGUUCUCAGUAUGUCUACUGUCUCUAAAGAAUUACCUCAUACAAUUCAAGUAAAACUAUUACAACAGGAUAAUUGAUUAUGACUUUCUAAAAACGUUUACAUUCUAAUAAGUUCAUAGUAAGUUUAAGGCAAUAAUUCUUGUCAUAAGUUGAUAAGACGUCCUGAAGAUAGAGAUGAUACCCACCCAUCUUCAAAUUUUUUGACCCAUAAUUGUUCUUGUUUAAAGGAAAUGCAGGCAAAAACAUGGAGCAGAGACUGAAGGAUAGGUCAUAAAGUGACCAACCCACCUUGGGACCCAUUCUAUGUGCACACAAUAAACCCUGACAUUAUUAC